AUGUCGAAAAACUUGGUGCUUUGCUUUGAAGGCACUGCCCAAGGCUUCGGGAUCCCUCCUCCUUCCAAUGUAAUCAAGCUCUUCUCCAUGCUAGACCAGACCAGCCAAACAUGCUACUACCAACCAGGCAUAGGCACCACUUUUGGCGGAGCUGUUCCCGACAUAGACUCUCGUGGUUUCUUCCAACGGUACUUUGAUACCGUCAAGAAUAGCGUGGAUGCAGCGUUUGCCCUCUCGUUUGAAGCACACGUCCAGGCAGCCUACCUCUUUCUCAUGCGGUUCUGGGAACCAGGCGCCAAAACGUAUAUAUUUGGGUUUUCACGAGGCGGGUACACUGCUCGGGUGUUGAUUGGGUUUCUAGAAUGCUUUGGUUUGUUUCAUCCUGGCCUGGAGAUGUUGGUGCCUAUGGCCUGGAAGGUGUAUAUGGAAUGGGAGAAGGCAGGGCGUCCCAAACGGAACCCACGUUCGCUGUUUCUGCUUCAGCUUCGUAAGAUGUUUGGAAGAAAAAUUCAAAUCGAGUUAUUGGGUAUUUGGGAUACGGUCAAUCUGGUUGGCUUCUUCACAGAUCGCAUCUUCCCGUUCACUACUUGUACUUCUAUAGUGGACCAUGUUAGACACGCCCAGAGCAUAGACGAACGGAGGGCUAGAUUCAAGCAGGUUUCGUUUCAGCAGGUUGAAGAUAGUUCAUCAAAGAUAGAACCUACUCUUUGGUCAAAAUUACGUCUGUGGCUGAACUCUUGGUGGUCUAACCAGAUACUGGUGGACUGCUCAGACGAUAUACUUGAAGUAUGGUUUUCUGGCUCCCAUGGAGAUCUAGGAGCCAGUUGGGGCGACGAUGAAAACGAUAGGCGUUUAUCUGAAGUGCCUUUUCGCUGGAUGUUAGCUGAAGCGUGUAAGUUUGGACUAAAGUUGGAUAAGACCAGGCUUCUGGAGUAUUGGAAGGUCUAUCAACCAAAAGAUUCCAUUUUGCUGUACCAUCACGACCAUCUUUCAUUUAAAGCACCUCUUUACAAUGAAAAGAAGAGUCUAAAUACAGCAGAUGUACGGGUACGAAGGUUUAAUGGCCGUGGCUCUUCUUCUAUCUUUGCUACCUUGGGCUGGUGGUUAGUGGAACUCAUACCAUUCAGCACAAAGUUGCCUGAUAAGGAAGGACGCUGGUCUACAAGGUUUCUGCCCAAUCUUGGGAGGAGCAGGAUCCUUCCAAACCAUCCAUCUAUUCACUGGACUGUGUUUUUCAGGCUUGCAGUGGUAGCUGACUAUAAGCCUAAUAACCUUCCAAGAGAGCUAGGAAAGUUUCUUGUGGAGCUGUUGAAACAAGCAAAGGUGGCUCUUCUUGAGGAGGAAGUGAAGCGAUUGGAGCUGCUUGAUCUUGACGACAUCAGACAAACAGACCUCCAUCAUAUCUGGGAAAAAGUGCCAGACGACUUAGCCUGGCAGACCAAGGCUCCAGCGGCUACAUCGGAAUCAUAA